GGCCGCGGGGCGGGGCGGGUGAGCGGGCGUGGCGGCGGCCCGCGGGCCCGCUAUGUGGCGGUCGGUGGGAAGUUGAAGGAAGAGCCUUCCGGUCCUGUGGUCCCUGGAGGAGUGGGAAGAAUUGAGUGUUGGGAAUAGUUCCGGAUUACAAACCUGGUGCCUAAGGAAAACAGUCAUGAGUCUUGGUUUGGAAAAUACCAAGCAAAAGACUAAUAUAUAUGAUGCUGGAAACUAGUGACAGCAGAUUGCUUAUGACUGAAAGGCUUGGAAUAGAUGUGUCUUUUAAGGUAUCAAGACAACAACUAUGAAAGCAAUAAUGGAUCAAGAAGACCAGUGGAAAACUCCCUAGGAGAGAGCCAUAGAAAAUGUACACAUCAGAAGAGAGAUGUAAUCAGAGAACUCAAAAAAGAAAAAUAUAUCAUGUACGUUCUCAGAAGGGUAAAAAUAUUUUUAUUCAUGUACAUGAAAUUACUCAACUAGAUAAUCACAUAUGCCAGUGCCUUGAACGUGAACAAAACUAUUGUGAAAACUUAGCACGUGUGUGUGAGAGAACCCAUCCUGGGGAUAACUCUUACAGAUGUGAUAUGUGUGAUAAAACCUUCAUCCAAAGCUCAGAUCUUAUUUCACAUGAGAGGAUCCAUAAUUACGAGAAACCUUAUAAGUGUAGCAAAUGUGAGAAGAGCUUCUGGCACCACUUAGCCCUGUCGGGACACCAGCGAACACAUGCUGGUAAAAAGUUCUACACAUGUGACAUCUGUGGCAAGAAUUUUGGUCAGAGCUCUGAUCUGCUUGUCCAUCAGCGAAGCCAUACAGGUGAGAAACCGUAUCUGUGUAAUGAGUGUGAUAAAUGCUUCAGCCGAAGCACAAACCUCAUAAGGCACAGAAGAACCCACACAGGUGAGAAACCAUUUAAGUGUCUAGAGUGUGAAAAAGCUUUUAGUGGGAAAUCGGAUCUCAUUAGUCACCAGAGGACUCAUACUGGUGAAAGGCCCUACAAAUGUAAUAAAUGUGAGAAAAGUUAUCGACACCGUUCAGCCUUCAUCGUACAUAAGAGAGUUCAUACUGGGGAGAAGCCCUAUAAGUGUGGAGCCUGUGAGAAGUGCUUUGGCCAAAAAUCAGACCUUAUCGUACACCAGAGAGUACACACAGGUGAAAAGCCGUAUAAAUGUUUGGAAUGCAUGAGAAGUUUUACUCGUAGUGCUAACCUAAUUAGGCACCAAGCAACUCACACGCACACCUUUAAAUGCCUUGAAUACGAGAAAAGUUUCAACUGCAGCUCAGACCUUAUUGUACAUCAAAGAAUUCACAUGGAAGAGAAACCACAUCAGUGGUCUACAUGUGAGAGUGGCUUCCUCUUAGGUAUGGAUUUUGUUGCCCAGCAGAAAAUGAGGACUCAAACUGAGGAGCUCCAUUACAAAUACAGUGUAUGUGACAAAAGCUUCCAUCACAGCUCAGGCGUUCAACAUCAGACAGUACACAUUGGUGAAAAACCAUGUAUCUGUAAUGUGAUAGAAAAAGGUCUUGAGCUCAGCCCUCCCCUUGCAUCAGAAGCCUCCCAAUGUCUUGACCAUACAUUAUAGAAACAUUAAAUGUAUUUACAUGUCAGAGAACUCAUUAAGAUAAAGCCCUGUAGGUGAAUUUUAAACUUCAUUUAGAGCUCAGACUUCACUGGGCACCAGAGAGCCUGCAGCAUUGGGAACUGUGAGAAAUAACUUGAUCUAGAGAGUGGCCCCAAGAGCACCUUUGUCAGUCACUCCAGUGAGCAACUCCACAUAUGCCCUUUAAUCUGACUCAGAAUUGAUCCUUGCUAGUUUCACACAGGUAGAAAGCCUUCCAUAUGCAGUGGACGCAAGAGCUUUCUGGCAGUGCUCAGCCAUCUCCUCUCAUGAGAACCCAGACCAGAGCACACUGCUUAAAUGCCUCCAGUGUCAACAGCACUCCAGACAGCAUGCACCUCUUGCUGGACAUCAGGAAAUCCACCUGGGGAAAAACCCUGAAAGCAGUGGAGAAAGUGCUACAGAACUGACUUUCUUUCCCAUCAAAGAAGCCAUACUGGUAGAAAUUUAUAUUUUUGUCUUGAGUGUGGCAAGAACAUUGUAUUUGCAUCACAAGGAAGGAUCGAUGUUACAAGUGUCUGCAUGAGAAGCUUUCAAGGAUCAGCUCGGGUGUGUCAGGGAACUCACGUCUGUGAAAAACAGAUACCUUGAGUCUGUAAAGGUUUGCUAUAAGCUCAUAUCUCAUUGGACCCCAAAGAACCUGUUCUACAGAAAAGUCUUCUCCAGUGGGUGAUUGUGGAUGAGAAUCUGUACAUAUGUAUUAGAAAAACUCCCAUGGUUAGUUGACCUGUAUGGUAGAGGAACUACAUGGAGCAUGGAGGUACUAUUUAGAAGCCUAGAAGCUUGUUCUGGGAGAAGCUAGGCAGGUCACAGUAGACCUGUGGUAGCUCAGGUAAGGAUGCUUUUCUUUUAUUGGAACCGACUGAUCGCUUUACUUUCAUUUUUUUAAAUUCAGAAAUCCAAUAAAGGAAAGGACUAUAAACUUGUGAUAUUACAUGGCAUGUUUUGGGGGAAAAGGAGUAUAUUGAUUUUUCUCUCUUGAUUGUUACUUUUUUUCCUUUUAAAUUCUUGGAUGGAAUGGCAGUUGUGUGUUGUAAUCACAUGAGGACCUUUUGCAAGCUUUGAAAAGAACCAAGAAGCCAGGGGAUGGGCACCCUAGGUGGAAAUUCCCAACAGCUUCACAAGACAGAACACUCACUCUUUACUUGUGCUGAGGCCUGUCCUCAGAUCUUCCUUUUAACCUAAAAUAUUUUUUGAGACAUUAGGUAUUUGAAAUUUCAAAUUUAGAGAUUCAUUUAUUUUCAUCUCAAAAUAAACUCCAGGAUAACGAUUAUGACAGCAUCCAGAUUUGCGACCUAAUUUGUCACCUCACUGAUGGGUACCCUCAGGGUUUCUCUCAGCUUCAGAAGAGACACCUACUGAGGCAUUCGUACUCGAGCAGGGCCUGUUUGUUCUGAAUCUUGACUAAGCUGGUGUUCUUCUCUCCUUGCAAUAUCCUGCAGUUUGUGAGCAAAUCAAGCUUCCAAGUGAUAGGGUAUUUUUGAUUGUUUUGUUUCUCCAGUUUGGCCAAGGGAAGAACAGGACAGUGAGGCAUGAACUUGGCAUGAGUGCAGGCUUCACCAGAGGCUUAUGGAUAAGCACCUGACCCAGGUCCACAGUGUUGUCCUGGUGCCCUUCAACACUCCCUACAUACUCCAUGGUCCAUGAAUCUGUCACUGGUCUCAGCUCAGUUUUUCCUUUUUUUCCUGUUAAAAGAUACUUCAUAUGCACACUUCACAUCUGUGCAUUAUUUGGGACCCUGUUGGCUAAAUUAUUUUGUUGCUAAUUGGAGUCCUUUGGUGGUCACAGAGCAGAGCCCUGAGCUCCCUGGGCACCGUGUUUGUGGGAUUGGUGGGCCGCCAGUCUGCAUGCCGGGGAAUCUGACCCAGAUGACUGGCUCGCUCUUCUUAGGCUAGUGGGUGUGUCUCAUAAUCAUAAGGGAUCUAGUUCUGGGAUUUUUUUUUUUUCUUAUAGAAAACCGGUCCUGUAAGUUUAUUUGAUCUGACAUACUUAAAUAAUUUUUAUAAAUAGCUCUUAUACCAUGAAAGGUUGCCCAGUGUGAUAAAACAUACAAUAUGUAUAUUUUUUUCUUGUUGGUGAAAAUCAUGCCUAUCACUUGUAGUUCUGACAAUUGUGAUACUUAAUUUCGGGUGUGUGGCAUGGGGGUAAUAAAGUGUUUACAGCUGCUCAUUAGUCCUUAGUAAAGGGAAAAAGUUGGAAUUGUUAGCAGGGUCAGUGACUUACCCUUUCUUUCAACUAAUUUUACUGGUAAUUUUUUUUCUAGUUGCUAAGUAAACAAUGGACCAUUUAGGGGAGUCAAACAGGCCAGCGGGCUUUUUAACCAUGGGGAAGGUGUUAGUAUUAUUUAUAUAGCAUAACCUGAGGUCGUAGAGGACCACAUAGGAGCCUGUAACCCAAACUGGAAGGUAACUUCUGGGAUGGAGGGAGGUUCUCUUGAAGCAGUGCAGCCUACAUCUACCUCAGGUAAGUAGUUAGAGCAACUUGUUUCCAGAUUUCAGACCAAAUGAGACAAAUUGUAUUCUGUCUGUACUCUAAUGCUUUAAUGUUUUUGUUUUAUUCUUAAAUAAACGUUUGUUCUGAAAAACUUCA